AGCCAUAAGCCCAGCUAAUGAUAUUUUGUUGAAGUUGUUCAAUCAUCCAGACCCUCAGCUCCAGGUUAAAACUACUAUUUAGAAUAUUUGUCUUUAGUAUGUUUAUCUUCUCUCUCUGUAAAUCAUCUAUGUAUGUAACCUGAGCUAUGCCAUUUCUGCUCUUUAACCCUCUCCUCUGCCCCCCUCCACCUCAUGGGCAUUUCAUGUUGCAGGUAUAUAGAGAUUUUUAAGAGCAGUCGCAACGAGAUCAGAGCCUACUACGAGCUGCCCCGGCGGGGGAUGGGAGGCCAGAGACCGGGGCCCUACGAUAGACCCAUGAUGGGGGGACACAGGGGAGGGUUUUAUGGGCCCGGGCCUGGCCGCGACGGGGCUCUACUGGACACCAUGAGGAGUGGAGGGGGCUAUGGAGGAGGUUACAGUGACUUUGACAGCUACAAUGGUUUCAACAACUACUGUUUUGGCAACGGCCUGUUUGAUGAGCGAGUGAGAGGAGAGAGGGGAGGAAGAGGGAUGGGAGCCCACGGCUACGGUGGUCAAAGUGAUGUUUGCUCCGGCUUCCACGGCGGACAUUUUGUCCACAUGAGGGGUUUACCUUUCCGUGCCACAGAGGGAGACAUCGCCAAAUUCUUCUCUCCUUUGAGUCCACUGAGGGUCCACAUUGAUGUGGCUACUAACGGAAAGUCGACUGGAGAAGCAGACGUGGAGUUUCGCUCCCAUGAAGACGCUGUAGCAGCCAUGUCCAAAGACAAGAACCACAUGCAGCAUCGGUACAUUGAGCUGUUUCUUAACUCAACAACCAGCGGAGCAGCGGAAAUGAGUCAUGGCGGCGGUGGUGGUUACUACGGUAACUCUGGAGGAGGCGGAGGCUCGCGGAGCGGAGGGCUGCGAUUCUCUUACUGAUGAUGUCAUCGCACUUUUACGAUCCAUCUCGACGUUUGUCUCGCGUCUAUUCAGGCCACAUUUACUCGAUUGCUUUUUCUGAGCAAAGGAGCUGAUCUGAAGUCGGUCACUUGUUUUGUAACUGUGGUUCUUUUUAUCGUGGGGUUAUUAUUAUAUUAUAUUAUUGUACUGAAACUUUAAUUCAGACUAGAGAACAGAACAUAUGACCUUAACGAGCGCUAUUAUUACACCAUUCCUUAAAGCAUACGAAGAACAAAAUUUAAAAUAUUAAGAUGUAGGUGCUGAACAUUUAACUGGUCAUAGAGGAGAUUUCUUGUUUAUCUUAUAUUUUAAUACAAUAGAUAUUGUAAUAUAGUUUUUCAGGAUUCACACACAAAAGUACAUUUUGUCCAGUGAUUUUUAUUAAGAGGAAUCAGAUUAUUGUUUCCAGAGUUUUGAAUGGCAUUUAAAUGGAGGUAACUGUAUGAGUUUUAGUUUUUAUGACCAUAAGGGAACACGCUUACAUUUGUUUCACAUGUCACUGUUGGCAGGAUAUGUUCUCAGUGCAGAUGAGACAGAACUUCAUGGGACACAGACUCACUGCUGUGGGAUUUGAUGAAGGAGAAAAGAAUAAUUUUGUGGCACUGUCGAGACCGAGCACGGUCACUUUGAAUCUAAUCAGUUGAUGAUUCUGCGUUCAGGUGAAUGAUGCUCUUUAGGAAGGUGGAGCUGUGAAAAGCUACGUCAAAACAUUACAAGUGUCUCUAGGUUAGAAAUUCUGAUUGAAAAAGAUUACAUCUUGGUUUAUUCUGAUUUAAACUUAUUUUUAGCAGAACGUGUGACCUUCCUGCAUUUCAGAUCAGCUUUCUUGGUUUGAAAAGUUUGAUAAAUGUUGAGCCAGUGAGUUUUUUAUGAAUGUUUUCACAGUUCAUUACAGAAUUUAAAACUAAGUUUAAUAUUAUAUUCCACUCUUAAAGAGUGGACGUAAAAUAAAGUCUAUAUUUGAGCUGUAAGAUACUGUAACUUAUGCAGCUGUUGUACAUUUUGCAAAAUAAAUUUUAUAUUUAAUUCUC